GCUUCAUCCAUAUCUGCCCCGAACACGGUCUUCUAUCCCGCCGCUCGACGCCUUCUGUCCUGAAUUCCCGCCUAUCAAACCAGAUAGAGUUUCCAGUGCCACCACAAGCUCAAAAUUCGGAACGCAAGCGCUGACUAGGCCGUCAACAUGCCCAGUGCCACCGGCCAGAACUGGGAGAAGUACCAGAAGACCUUUGCCGACGAUGAGGUAGAAGAGAAGAAGAUCACUCCUCUAACCGAUGAGGACAUCCAGGUGCUGAAGACGUACGGAGCCGCUCCCUACGCCGCGGAGCUCAAGAAGCUCGAGAAGGAGAUUAAGGACAAGCAGCAGACGAUAAACGAGAAGAUUGGCGUCAAGGAAUCAGAUACUGGCCUCGCACCACCACAUCUAUGGGAUAUCGCCGCCGACCGGCAGCGAAUGCAGGAAGAGCAGCCCCUCCAGGUCGCCCGGUGCACCAAGAUAAUACAGGACGAGAAGGACACCGAGAAGAGCAAAUAUGUCAUCAACGUCAAGCAGAUCGCCAAGUUCGUCGUGAACUUGGGCGAGCGGGUGUCACCGACAGAUAUUGAAGAGGGCAUGCGAGUAGGCGUCGACCGAAACAAGUACCAGAUCCUCCUCCCGCUCCCACCCAAGAUCGACCCUUCCGUCACCAUGAUGACCGUAGAAGACAAGCCCGACGUAACCUACGGUGACGUCGGCGGCUGCAAAGAUCAAAUCGAGAAACUCAGAGAAGUCGUCGAAAUGCCCCUACUCUCCCCCGAACGCUUCGUAAACCUCGGCAUUGAUCCCCCCAAAGGUGCCCUUCUCUACGGACCCCCAGGAACCGGAAAAACGCUCUGCGCGCGCGCCGUCGCCAACCGAACAGACGCCACCUUCAUCCGGGUCAUCGGCUCCGAGCUCGUGCAGAAAUAUGUCGGCGAAGGCGCCCGCAUGGUCCGCGAGCUGUUCGAAAUGGCGCGGACGAAGAAAGCCUGCAUCAUCUUCUUCGACGAAAUCGAUGCCGUCGGCGGCGCACGUUUCGACGACGGCGCGGGCGGCGACAACGAGGUCCAACGCACAAUGUUAGAGCUUAUAACGCAGCUCGACGGCUUCGAUUCUCGCGGCAAUAUCAAGGUCAUGUUUGCUACUAACCGUCCCUCGACCCUCGAUCCCGCGCUGAUGCGUCCCGGCCGUAUCGACCGUAAAAUCGAGUUCUCGCUGCCGGAUAUGGAGGGUCGUGCUAACAUCCUGCGCAUCCACGCGAAGAGUAUGAGCGUGGAGCGGGAUAUCCGUUGGGAACUUAUCUCGCGGUUGUGCCCGAAUAGCACGGGUGCGGAGCUUAGGAGUGUGGCGACCGAGGCGGGCAUGUUUGCGAUUCGUGCGCGGAGGAAGGUGGCAACGGAGAAGGACUUCUUGGCUGCGGUCGAUAAGGUGAUUAAGGGGAACUUGAAGUUCAACUCUACGGCGACGUAUAUGCAGUACAAUUAGAGUGGAGGCAGCGCGGAAAAUGAGGAGGAGCAGGGCGAAGGAAGUGCAUUUUUGGAGUCUGAGCUGAGCGCACGGCAGCGUUUGCCUGUCAUUGUACCAAUACGAGGGAUCAGGAGUGUAGAGAAGUAUUGCAUGCCCGCACGUGCCUCUUUCCACUCUCUCGGCCAUAGACGUAAUGAAAGCAGUUGGUAGACAACCUUCGGCUAGCUAAGAG